GGAGCUCGACAGUUCCUCCAGCUCACCCAGCACAUAUACACCAGUUGAAAGUAGAGCAGUUCCCGUGGCGAUGCCUGCUCCCACCAUUGUCUUCCCAAAGCAAGCGACCGUGACCGUGGUCCAAGCAGACGGUCGCCCUCUGGAACAGACCAGACCACACAGUCCCAGAUCUCGCUUGUCCCGAAACUCCCUGGGAGGACCAAUCACUACAGUCGACAGUACAGGCAAUGUGAUAGACCUGGUGAAAGACCAUCUGCCUGAGCUGCAGCUCUCAGAGGAGGACCGUCAGAAGAACCUGGUGCUGCUGCAGGAGGCCAAGAAAGUCAGCGACCGCUUCCUGAGCCGCAGGGGCCGAAAGUCCACCUGCAGCCUCUCUGAAUCCCCCACAGGUCUUUCUCCUAACCACACACCAUCCUCCUCACCUGUACCGUCCAGAAGCAGCUCUCUUAUCACAGCCCCUCAAAUAGCUGUAGCCACAGAGGUGAACUAUGCCCCCUCAUCGCCUGUCAGCCUGCGAUUGGAGGUUCUGUCUACGAGGGAGCAGGCUGACACCAGUACACCAGAGCAUGAGAGCACCAGGAGGUUGGUGGACUGGAAGCCCAAUGAGAAGCGUAAGGUGUCCUCAGGCACCCUGUCUCCCCGCUACUCUGGCCCCCAACCCCCCAGUGAGCCCAAUGGGGGCCAGAAGGAGAACUGUGACCCCCGGGUAACAGCUAAGAAUUGCCCAGAACCAGUACUAGUCAAUAAGCCAGAGGAGGGGCUGGUUCGAGCCCCCAACCAGGCCCCUGCCACUGGGGUGGCCAAGCCUGUCCCUCGGCCCCCACUCAACAGGAAUGGGGCACCAAGUCUCCCCCCUACAAACGAGGAAACCUUCUCCUUUCAAGACAAGACUCUGGAUGCCCUGCUCAAGUCCUCUGGGUACAAGGACUUCCCUGUACAGCCUGUCAACGUGCAGAAGCUGUCCAAAAUAAGAGAGGAGCACAAGCUGAUGCGGAACCAAAGCAUUGUGGGGUCAAAGUUGGCAGACUUGAGUGAAACAGCUGAACAGGAAAGAGGUCCCUCUCUUCUGCCCCCUGCAGGGUCUCCUACUGAUGAGGAGGCUAAAGAGAAGUCAGACGCCAUGCCCAACAUCUCAGACAUCAUGCUGAGGAAACUCAAACUGCACAGAGGGCUACCAGGCUGUGCACCUCCACUCACGGAAAAAGAAGUUGAGAACGCUUUUGUUCAACUGUCGCUGGCGUUCCGGAACGACAACUACACACUGGAGACACGGCUCAAACAGGCGGAGCGGGAGCGGACCCUGACCGAGGAGAACACUGAGAAGGAACUGGAAGAAUUCAAAGGCUCUCUGAAGUGCACGGCACCACAGUGGAGUAACAUGGAGCAGCGGGAGUCUUACCAGUGCCUCAUAGAGACAGUAGCAGUACUGCACCGUCUGGCCACCAGGCUCUCCAGCAGAGCUGAGAUGGUUGGAGCAGUCAGACAGGAGAAGCGUAUGAACAAGGCCACAGAGGUGAUGAUGCAGUACGUGGAGAAUCUGAAGAGGACCUAUGAGAAGGACCACGCUGAGCUGAUGGAGUUCAAGAAGCUGGCCAACCAGAACUCCAGUCGCUGCUAUGGAGGAUCCAUAGACACUGGAGAUGAUGGAGUCCCACGGCCAUCCAGAUCAAUGUCGCUGACCCUGGGAAAGGCUUUGCCCAGACGGAGGGUCAGUGUUGCGGUAGUCCCCAAAUUUAACCUCCUGAACAUCCCUGGUCAGACCCCGGUCAUGGCAGGACCCGGCCCCAGCGUUGCCAUGGGACCCAGCCCCCAACCCACCAUGGGCCAAGCACUUCCUGUCCUGUGUGAAGCCAACAGUGUGAAAAGCAACUUUCCCACUGAGCCUACACAUCCAGCUAUAGAUGAGAGUGGAAAGAGUGUAGCAGAGCAGGAAGCUGAGCCAUCUGCCCCAGCCCAGCCCUCCGUCAACCUAGAGGAGAUCAGAUCAGAGAUCAGAUCAGAGAUCAAGGCAAAGAUCGAGGAGGAGGCCUACAAUAAAGGCUACCAAGAGGGACUGAAGAGAAGCAAAGAAAUCAAAGAGAUGGAGGAAGAGGAGGAGAAAGUAGAGGAAAAGACAAAGAAGGAUGAAGGAAAAGAAAUCAUCAGAAAAGAAAAGUUCAGCAGUAAGGUUGAAGAGGUCCUAGUUGUCCUUGACCGGCUUUGCCCCAAGAUUUUCCGCCGUAACCAACUUCUCUGGAUUGUUUUGACGUUGUUCCUGGUCACGUUUCUGGUCGGCAGUGUUUUCACAUACUUUAGUGAUCGCUAUAACAACCAUGGGGACAUGUCGGCAGAAAAAGCCAUGGUCCAGGACGAGAAGAAGAUCUUUGAACUGAAUGUAGGAGUACAGCCAAAGAAUCCCACUCCAGAAUAACAAAGAGCCUGUCUCAUACUUCUCUCAGUCCACAGACAAUUCUUUCCAUGAUACAUCACCAUACAAGAGCUGAACUUGAAUAUGGGGUUUUGAAGGGUUUGGCGAUGUAUCUUUGGGAGCAUUUGUUGAGUUUUUUUAUCGGUUUCAGAGGACAAGCCUUUUAAUGAUCAUAAACUUUACCAAGGCAUAUUUAUGUCGUGUUAGGAAAGCUGCCCAAGUGUUUGUGAUGGUGAUAUAUGAUUGUUGCUUUGGGGGCCAAGUAUAAUAGUGUGAUGAAAUAUUUUCUUAUGUACAGUGAGAUCCAGGACUUUGGAUUUUAAAUGAUACAAUGACUAUGAGGUUAAAAUGCAGACUGUCAGCUUUAAUAUGUGGGCAUUUUCAUUCAUACCAGGUGAACUGUUUAGAAAUUACAACACUUUUUGUACACAGUCCCCCCAUUUCAGAGAGCCAGAAGGUUUUGGACAAAUUCACUUAUAUGCAUAUUAUAGAAGUCCAAAGUGUAGUAUUUGGCGUAUGACUCUACUAAUCUGUUGGAUGCAUUCACAGUUUGUUUCGGUUGUGUUUCAGAUUAUUUUGUGCCCAAUAGAAAUGAAUGGUAAAUAAUCUAUUGUGUCAUUUUGAUGUUAUAAAUAAGAAUAUAAUAUUAUAAUAUUAAUAUAAUAACUCUUCUACUUUAAUGUGGAUGUUACCAUGAUUGUGGAUAAUCCUGAAUGACACAAUGAACAGAAUGCACAGGGAGGAUUAGCAUUUUGGGGGGUAUGAUAUUUACACCUCAUUAACUUUCACACAUCAUUAUUCAUGAUUCAUUCAUAAUUUUCCAUAAUCAUGGUAGCAUCCACAUUCAUUUAAAAGUGUUUAGAAACAUGUUCUAUUAUUAUUUACAAUAAAAUUGACUCCGAAAUACACAAUACAUUAUUUACCAUUAAUUUCUAUUAGGCACAAAAUAAUCUGACACACAAACUGAAAAUGCAUUCAACAAGUUUGUAUUCACGAGCUUGAUGUAGUCAUUGCUUGCUAUGAAUAUGGGACUAAAUACUAAACUUUUGACUACUUGUUACACAUAGAAGUGAAUUUUUCAAAUGAUUUUGGUUCCCUAAAAUGGGGGGACU